UUCUUUCUCGCCAAUGCAAAAAGGAAUAUGCGGCACAUUCUUGCCUUCUUCUGCACCGGUUUCCUGGGCGCGGUAGUAGGUGCCAAUUUCCCCAACAAUAUCCAGAUCGGGGGAUUAUUUCCAAACCAGCAGUCACAGGAACAUGCCGCUUUUAGAUUUGCUUUGUCGCAACUCACAGAGCCCCCAAAGCUCCUCCCCCAGAUUGAUAUUGUGAACAUCAGCGACAGCUUUGAGAUGACCUAUAGAUUCUGUUCCCAGUUCUCCAAAGGAGUCUAUGCCAUCUUUGGGUUUUAUGAACGGAGGACCGUCAACAUGCUGACCUCCUUCUGCGGGGCCCUACAUGUGUGCUUCAUUACGCCAAGCUUUCCCGUUGACACAUCCAACCAGUUUGUCCUUCAGCUGCGCCCAGAGCUGCAGGAUGCCCUCAUCAGUAUUAUUGACCAUUACAAGUGGCAGAAAUUUGUCUACAUUUACGAUGCUGACCGGGGUCUGUCCGUCCUGCAGAAAGUCCUGGACACAGCUGCUGAGAAGAACUGGCAGGUGACAGCAGUAAACAUUUUGACAACCACGGAAGAGGGAUACCGGAUGCUCUUUCAGGACCUGGAGAAGAAAAAGGAGCGGCUGGUGGUGGUGGACUGUGAAUCGGAACGCCUCAAUGCUAUCCUGGGCCAGAUUAUAAAGCUGGAGAAGAAUGGCAUUGGCUACCACUACAUCCUUGCAAAUCUGGGUUUCAUGGACAUUGACUUAAACAAAUUCAAGGAGAGUGGAGCAAAUGUGACAGGUUUCCAGUUGGUGAACUACACAGACACCAUCCCAGCCAAGAUCAUGCAGCAGUGGAAGAACAGUGACACUCGAGACCACACCCGGGUGGACUGGAAGAGACCUAAGUACACCUCUGCGCUCACCUACGAUGGGGUGAAGGUGAUGGCCGAGGCUUUCCAGAGCCUGCGGAGGCAGAGAAUCGAUAUAUCCCGCCGGGGGAACGCUGGAGACUGCCUGGCUAACCCAGCUGUGCCCUGGGGCCAGGGGAUUGACAUCCAGAGAGCUCUGCAGCAGGUGCGGUUCGAAGGCUUGACAGGGAACGUGCAGUUCAAUGAGAAAGGACGCCGGACCAACUACACCCUCCACGUGAUCGAAAUGAAGCAUGAUGGCAUCCGAAAGAUUGGUUACUGGAAUGAAGAUGACAAGUUUGUCCCUGCAGCCACUGAUGCUCAAGCCGGGGGAGAUAAUUCAAGUGUCCAGAAUAGAACGUACAUUGUCACCACGAUCCUAGAAGACCCUUAUGUGAUGCUUAAGAAGAAUGCCAACCAGUUUGAGGGCAAUGACCGUUACGAGGGCUACUGUGUAGAGCUGGCGGCAGAGAUUGCCAAGCACGUGGGCUACUCCUACCGUCUUGAGAUAGUCAGCGAUGGAAAAUACGGAGCCCGCGACCCCGACACAAAGGCUUGGAAUGGCAUGGUGGGGGAGCUGGUCUAUGGAAGAGCAGAUGUGGCUGUGGCGCCUUUAACCAUCACCUUGGUCCGGGAAGAGGUGAUAGACUUCUCCAAGCCAUUUAUGAGUUUGGGGAUCUCCAUCAUGAUAAAAAAGCCACAGAAGUCCAAGCCAGGGGUUUUCUCCUUCCUCGAUCCUUUGGCUUAUGAGAUCUGGAUGUGCAUUGUGUUUGCCUACAUCGGAGUGAGCGUCGUCCUUUUCCUGGUCAGCCGCUUCAGCCCCUACGAGUGGCACAGUGAAGAGUUUGAGGAAGGGCGGGACCAGACAACCAGCGACCAAUCCAAUGAGUUUGGGAUAUUCAACAGCUUGUGGUUCUCCCUGGGAGCCUUCAUGCAGCAAGGAUGUGACAUCUCUCCCAGGUCCCUGUCCGGCCGCAUCGUUGGUGGUGUCUGGUGGUUCUUCACUUUGAUCAUCAUCUCCUCAUACACAGCCAACCUGGCCGCCUUCCUGACCGUGGAGAGGAUGGUGUCACCCAUUGAGAGUGCGGAGGACCUAGCGAAGCAGACGGAAAUCGCGUACGGGACGCUGGAAGCCGGAUCCACUAAGGAGUUCUUCAGGAGGUCAAAAAUUGCCGUGUUUGAGAAGAUGUGGACAUACAUGAAGUCAGCAGAACCAUCAGUGUUUGUGCGGACCACAGAGGAGGGAAUGAUCCGAGUGAGGAAAUCCAAAGGCAAAUACGCCUACCUUCUGGAGUCCACCAUGAAUGAGUACAUUGAGCAGCGGAAACCCUGUGACACCAUGAAGGUGGGAGGUAACUUGGAUUCCAAAGGCUAUGGCAUUGCGACACCCAAGGGGUCCGCCCUGAGAGGUCCCGUAAACCUAGCGGUUUUGAAACUCAGUGAGCAAGGCGUCUUAGACAAGCUGAAAAGCAAAUGGUGGUACGAUAAAGGGGAAUGUGGAAGCAAGGACUCCGGAAGUAAGGACAAGACAAGCGCUCUGAGCCUCAGCAAUGUGGCAGGCGUGUUCUACAUCCUGAUCGGAGGACUUGGACUAGCCAUGCUGGUUGCCUUAAUCGAGUUCUGCUACAAAUCCCGUAGCGAGUCCAAGAGGAUGAAGGGUUUCUGUUUGAUCCCACAGCAAUCCAUCAAUGAAGCCAUACGGACAUCGACACUCCCCCGAAACAGCGGGGCAGGAGCCAGUGGUGGCGGUAGUGGAGAGAACGGCCGAGUGGUCAGCCACGACUUCCCCAAGUCCAUGCAAUCGAUUCCCUGCAUGAGCCACAGUUCAGGGAUGCCCUUGGGAGCCACAGGAUUAUAACUGGAGCAGAUGAAGACCCCUUGGGGAGCAGGCUCAGGCUCCCCCAGCCCCAUCCCAAGCCCUUCAGUGCCAAAAACAACAAAAUGAAACGCAACCGCCACCAACUACCAUGACCACAAGGAUGAUGAUUCAACAGAUUUUCCUGAAGAACUGAAAACCAUUCUGCUAUCUCUUUUCCUGUUUUGAUGUUCUUUCACCCUUUUCCGUUGCUCAGUAAGGAUGAUAAAUCACACUGCACUGCAAUAAGGGGAAAUAACCCUGUCUAAUAGAGCCUGUGUCUCUGACAAUGGAGUCACCAGAACACUAAUGAGGAAACUGUACUAUUUUCUUUUAAUUCGGUUGUUAAUGUGUCUUAGUGUGUGCAAUUUUUUUUUUUACUAAUAUUCAUGGUUUGCAGGUUCUGUUAGGCUCCUUUCUUCUCCUUACAUCUUAUCCCCAACUCCCUAUUCAUUCCUCUUUAGUUUUCAAUUGGAGAUUUAAGAUUUUUCCACCUUAAAAGCAAGCAAAAGGAAAAAAGCAAUCUUCAAACUAAUUCACCAUUGGAGCUCCCCAAGUUACCCUCCAGUUCAUGACCCCAGGCCCUGGAUGGAGACGGAGGCUGCUGAAGGAAUGAGCUGCCUUCCCCAGACAGAGCACUGCCUAAGCACUGAUUGAGUUGAGAGUGCAGGUGAAAAGCAACUCAGACCAAGGGUGGCGGAGAGGGCAAAGGCAGGUGUGCACUCAGAGGAGGACUCAUGAAGUUAUUGCUGGAAGCCCAAAUAAAGCUUCCUUCAAUGUGUAAGAGCCAUUUCAUAGGCCUUAGAUGGAAUGGUGUAUUUCUUCACAGAGUCAACCUUGGCCCCAAGAAGUAUGUCCUUCUGACUACGCUCAAGCCCAAAGGCACU